UAUUACUGACGUUUUUCUUGCCCUUAUGAAGAAAAAAAGGAGAUAAUCAUAAACUAAAAAACAAACCCCAUUCGACUCGUACGACUACACCUUCCAAUUGACUCCACCACCCUUUUCACAUCUUCUUUUAUCAUCAGAUCUAUUUGCUCUCUCUUCCAGAUCUGGGCGUCUCUUCUUCGACUUCAUCAUCAAGUUUCUGUUAGAUCCAAUCCUCACCUCUUUGUAGAAACCCCUCACUGGAUUUUUGAUCAGGGUGUUAUGAACUCGUAGAGGAGCAGCUCAAAAACAUUUGAAAAAAAAUGGGAAAAAUCAAAUUUGGGAGGUUUGAUUCAGUUUGUGGAAUAAAAGAGGGGAAAUAGGAGUAUUUCAUCGGAUCAAAAUAGCGUUGAUUAUUUUAUUCUUCAGCUAGUGAUUCUGAGAAGCUCCGAAUUUUAUAGGAAUUCGGAUACUUUAUUUGGUGGAAAAAAUGGAAGAGGUUGGUACUCAACUAGCUCCUCCUUUAUAUAUGUACAACACAAUCGGUGCCGGAAGAUUUCCCGAUGCCCAUCCGAUGGCCAAGAAACGAAGCCUGCCGUAUCAAAACCCAAACCUUAUUCAACAUCAGCAACAACAACAGUAUCUACAAAGGUUAAUCCCAACUUUAAAUGAGCCACGGAACAGUUGGAACCCUAAAAAUUGGGAAUGGGAUAGUUCAAGACUCGUGGCUAAACCCUUGGAUAUGAUGGAGGUUUCUAGAGAACAGCAACAGCAACAACACCAUCAUCAAACUGCUGUUAAUCCUCCCAAUCCCGAUGGGUCAAAGAAGAGUCCAGUUGGUCAAAGGGAAGAAGACGAACGCCUCUUGUUGAAGCUUGGGGGUGGUGAGGAGGCAGCGACCAGGCCUAGCAAAAGGGUCCGAUCUGGUUCACCUGGCAGUGGUUGUGCCGGGAAUUAUCCAAUGUGUCAAGUUGAUAACUGCAAAGAAGAUCUAUCCACUGCUAAAGACUACCAUAGGCGUCACAAGGUUUGUGAGGUUCAUAGUAAAGCUGGAAAAGCCCUAGUUGGAAAACAGAUGCAAAGAUUCUGUCAACAGUGUAGCAGGUUCCACCCGCUUUCUGAGUUUGACGAGGGGAAGAGAAGCUGUAGGCGUAGACUUGCAGGUCACAACAGGCGAAGAAGAAAGACUCAGCCAGAAGAUGUUGCUUCACAGUUAUUAAUCCCUGGAAAUGGUGAUAAAAAUGGCGCCAAUGACAUGGAUAUUGUUGGUUUGCUAACAGUUUUAGCUCGUGCUCAAGGAAAUGCAGAGGACAUGAGCAGGAAUUCUUCACCAUUACCUAAUAAAGAUCAGCUUAUGCAAAUUCUCAACAAAAUAAACUCUUUGCCUUUACCGGUUGACCCAGGGUCAAAACAACCAGUUCCUGGAAGGUUGACUAAUGUUGACCAAGAGAAAACCUCUUCCGAGGUUGAAAAAGUCAACAAAAAAACCAGUUCAUCAACCAUGGACUUUCUUGGUGUUCUUUCAGGCUCUUCGGCUGCACCUGAACCAUUGUCACAAAAAAGGAACCAAGUGAUUGAGGCUGAUAAGAACAAGACUAACUCUGGUUGUGUUAACCAAACCAUGGUUCAUUCUGGAGGAGAGAGAAGUAGCACUAGUUUUCAGUCUCGUGAGGAUUCAGAUUGUCAAGUGAUGGACACACCUCUUAAUUUACAGUUACAGCUGUUCAGUUCUUCACCUGAAGAUGAUAGUCCACCUAAGCUAGCAUCAAGCAGGAAGUAUUUCUCAUCUGACAGUAGUAAUCCAAUGGAAGACAGGUCACCAUCAUCUUCGCCACCUGUCGUGCAAAGGCUUUUCCCAACAAAAGCUUCAAGAGAGAGAAUGAAGCCUGAAAGUAUGUCAACUAGUGGUGAAGUUACUGCAAAUGUUAAAGCCACCAUGUCUCUGGAGCUUUUUGGAGGGAUGAAUAAUGGAGCUGAUAAUGUUUCCAUUCAAAGCUCACCUUACAGAGCUGGGUACACGUCAUCAUCUGGUUCUGACCAAUCACCUUCCAGCUUAAAUUCUGAUCCUCAGGAUCGAACCGGGCGAUUGUCGUUUAAACUGUUUGACAAGGAUCCGAGUCAUUUGCCUGGGUCACUACGGACACAGGUUUACAAUUGGCUUUCUCAAAGUCCAUCAGAGAUGGAAGGAUACAUAAAGCCUGGUUGUGUGGUUCUCUCAAUUUAUUUGUCCAUGUCAUCGUCUUCUUGGGAUCAACUUGAAGGAAACUUUCUUCAGUAUAUCAAUGCUCUUGUGCAAGAAUCUGGUACCGAUUUCUGGGGAUCUGGUAGAUUCUUAGCACAUACAGAAAAGCAAAUAGCUUCACAUAAAGAUGGCAAGGUCCAUUUGUUCAAAUCUUUGAAAGCAUGGAGUUCACCACAGUUGAUUUCCAUUUCACCUCUAGCUGUUGUAUCUGGAAAGGAGACUUCUUUUGUCCUAAGAGGCCGAAACCUAAGGACACCUGGCACCAAAAUCUAUUGCACACAUGCGGAUGGAUGUAUACUGGAGGAAGCAACAGAAUCAAUAGAUCAAGAUUCUUCAUAUGAGGAAAUUAGCACACGUAGGUUCACAAUUUGUGCACCUAGUGAACGUGGUCGAUGUUUCGUCGAGAUAGAAAACGGUUUCAGAGGUACGAGUUUUCCUAUAAUUAUUGCGGAUUCUACACUCUGCCAAGAAUUGAACCUUUUGGAGGCUGAAUUUGGUGAGGUCCAAAAUAGGCAACCAAGUUUCGUGAAGGAAACCAUACACUUUUUAAAUGAGAUUGGAUGGCUUUUCCAGAAAAAGAAUGGGGGAUCCGGAUCUCAUUAUAGUCUCACUCGAUUCAAAUUCCUUCUUGUGUUCUCGGUUGAAAGAGAUUUGUGUGGUUUAGUGAAAACUCUUUUAGGGAUUCUUCUUCAAAAAGGCUCGGGGGGCAUUACAGAAGAUGAUUCAUCAAUGGAGAUGUUAUAUACAAUUAACCUUCUAAACCGGGCUGUUAAAAGAAAAUGCAAAAACAUGGUUGAUUUGCUCAUAAAUUAUUCAGUAGCAGGGGAUACAGAUACGGAUUCUGCUGCUUCCAGAAAGUACAUUUUCCCGCCAAAUCUAGCGGGACCCGGCGGCAUCACCCCCUUGCAUUUGGCUGCUUGCACUUCUGAUUCGGACGAUAUGGUUGAUGCCUUGACAAACGACCCGAAUGAGGUUGGGUUGCUAAGCUGGAAUUCUUCUUUGGAUGCAAACGGGCUGUCGCCAUUUGUAUACGCGACCAUGAGAAACAACAACUCAUACAACACUUUAGUGGCACAAAAACUUGCAAACAGAAUAGCGGGUCAAGUCUCGGUUCAUAUCUCAAACGAGAUAGAGCUUCAAACCUUAAGGAGCGUUGACCACCAUGAGCUUAGUUUCAGAGUGAGGGAGCAGGUGGGAACAAAAUCUUGUUCAAAAUGCGCGAUUGUAACAGCUAAACACCCGAGAAGAAUCCCGGGUUCACAAGGAUUGCUUCAUCGUCCGUAUAUCCACUCCAUGCUUGCAAUAGCUGCGGUUUGUGUAUGUGUGUGUUUGUUCCUUCGUGGGGCCCCCAAUAUCGGUUUGGUUGCUCCGUUUAAGUGGGAGAAUUUGAACUUUGGUUCAAUGUUAGGUAUAAAAAAGCAUAAACGGCCGGCUUUAAAGAGCUCAUAUUUGGCACAACUUUUCCAUAAAGGAAAUUCAACAGAAACCCACUCAAGUCCUACUACCAUGGCGAAAGUGGAGGUCGACGAGUGUCGAGGGGUGCUCAAAGUUUACAGUGAUGGAUCAAUAUGGCGAUCAACUGAACCGAGCUUUCGAGUCUCUGUGGUUGACGAUGGUUCAGUGCUUUGGAAAGACGUUCAGUUUGAUCAACCAAACAACCUCCACCUCCGUCUUUACAAACCGGCUUCCGCCGUGGCCAAAAAGCUACCGGUGUUUUACUACAUCCACGGCGGCGGUUUCUGCAUCGGGUCACGAACAUGGCCAAACUGUCAGAACUACUGUUUUAAACUGGCACUGGCUUUACAAGCUGUAAUUGUGGCUCCUGAUUACCGGUUAGCCCCUGAGAACCGGCUUCCGUUGGCGGUGGAGGAUGGGUUCACUUCCGUGAAGUGGCUCCAAUCGCAGGCGGUGGCAGCUGAGCCUGACCCAUGGCUGGUUGACUCGGCAGACUUUACACGAGUCUUCAUCUCCGGUGACUCUGCUGGUGGUAACAUUGCGCAUAAUAUGGCGGUUCGGUUGAGGGCUGGUUCGAAGAGCUUGGAACCGGUUCAGGUUAAAGGCUAUGUUCUCUUGGCACCCUUUUUUGGUGGGACCCAGUUAACGGAAUCCGAGGCUCAUGGUCCUAAAGACGCUUUCUUGAAUUGGGAACUCAUCGAUAGGUUUUGGAGGUUAUCGAUUCCGGUUGGGGACACCAUGGACCAUCCUCUAGUAAACCCGUUUGGACCCGUUAGCUUGGAUCUUGAACCGGUGGAGUUGGAGCCAAUGUUGGUGGUUUGUGGGGGUGCUGACCUAUUGAAGGACAGAGCUAAAGACUACGCAGAAAGAUUGAAGAAGUUGGGAAAAAAGGUGGAGUAUGCAGAAUUUGAAGGUCAGCAACAUGGGUUCUUCACCAUAGAUCCAGAUUCACAAGUAUCCAAGGAAUUGAUGGAGAUAAUCAAAGACUUCAUCAAACAGUAUUCCAUUUAAUGAUUGUAUGCCUGUGGAAAGUUUGUAAAAGUUUCAAUCCUUAUGAUAAAAUUGAAAGAACGAAUGUGGAAUUAGUAAUGAGUUUGUGUGAUUUAGCGAUUCUGUGUAGAAUAAGUGAAUGAAAAAUGAUUUUAAUA